GGGAGGAGGGAAGAGUCGGGGUCAAGGAUCAAAGCCGGCACAAGAUGGCGGCGGUGGCGGCGCGUCGGAGGCGGUCCUGGGCAGAGUCGGCCCUGGUUUGUCUGGGGCUCUGCCUCUCAACGGCCUUCGCUGUGGACAGAAGCAACUUCAAGCUCUGUGACCAGAGUUCUUUCUGCAAGCGUCAGCGCAGCCUUCAGCCUGGCUCUUCCCCCUACCGUGCCCUGCUGGACUCUCUAGAACUUGGCUCUGAUGCCCUCACUGUCCACCUGGUCCAUGAAGUCACCAAGGUGGUGUUGUUGUUGGAGCUGCAAGGACUGCAGGGGAACAUGACUCGGAUUCGGAUCGAUGAGCUCAAGCCUCUCCGGCCACGUUACCGGGUGCCUGAUGUCUUGGUGGCAGACCCCCCCACGGCUCGGCUCUCUGUCUCUGGCCGAGAUGAGAACAGCGUGGAACUGACCAUGGCCGAGGGGCCCUACAAAAUCAUCCUGACGGAAAGGCCUUUCCGACUGGACCUGCUGGAGGACCGAAGCCUGGUGCUCAGCGUCAAUGCCCGGGGACUCAUGGUCUUCGAGCACCAAAGGCUCCCCAGGAAUUCUUUCUCGGAUAAAGUUAGUCUCACGUUCGGUAGCAUUUGGGAUAAGAUCAAGAACCUUUUCUCUAGGGAGGGAUCCAAGGAACCCGCUGAAGGGGAUGGAGCCCCAGAUGAGGAGGCUGCUGGGAAAGCAGACAAGCCAGAGGAGAACAGAGAAAAGGAUGAAAAUGAUGAGCCAGGGGCUUGGGAAGAGAUGUUCAAAACCCACUCGGACAGCAAGCCUUACGGCCCCACCUCAGUGGGUCUGGAUUUUUCUUUACCUGGCAUGGAGCACGUGUAUGGAAUCCCAGAACAUGCAGACAACCUGAGACUGAAAGUCACUGAGGGCGGGGAGCCGUAUCGGCUCUACAACCUCGACGUGUUCCAGUAUGAACUAUACAACCCCAUGGCUCUGUACGGCUCAGUGCCCGUGCUCUUGGCACACAACACCCACCGAGACCUUGGCAUUUUCUGGCUCAAUGCAGCUGAGACCUGGGUGGACAUAUCCUCUAAUACAGCAGGAAAGACACUGUUUGGGAAGAUGCUGGAUUACCUGCAAGGUGGGGGGGAGACACCACAGACCGAUGUGCGAUGGAUGUCAGAGAGCGGCAUUAUUGACGUCUUCUUGCUCCUUGGGCCCACCGUCUCAGACAUUUUCCAUCAGUAUGCCAGUCUCACAGGGACCCAGGCUCUUCCCCCACUCUUCUCCCUGGGCUACCACCAGAGCCGCUGGAAUUAUCGAGAUGAGGCUGAUGUGAUUGAAGUCGACCAGGGAUUUGAUAACCAUGACCUCCCCUGUGAUGUCAUCUGGCUGGACAUUGAACAUGCUGACGGCAAACGCUACUUCACCUGGGACUCCAGCCGUUUCCCCCAGCCCCUUACCAUGCUACAACACCUGGCUGGCAAAAGACGUAAGCUGGUGACCAUUGUGGACCCCCACAUCAAGGUGGACUCAGGCUACCGGGUACACGAAGAAUUACGGUCACAGGGAUUGUAUGUCAAGACUCGGGAUGGUUCUGACUACGAGGGAUGGUGCUGGCCAGGCUCCGCUGGCUACCCUGACUUCACCAAUGUCAAGAUGAGAGAGUGGUGGGCAGAUAUGUUCAGCUUUGACAAAUAUGAGGGUUCAGCCCCAAACCUCUACAUUUGGAAUGACAUGAAUGAGCCAUCAGUGUUCAAUGGCCCUGAGGUCACCAUGCUUAAGGAUGCCCGACACCACGGGGGCUGGGAGCACCGAGACAUCCACAACAUUUAUGGCUUUUAUGUGCACAUGGCCACAGCAGAGGGGCUCACACAGCGCUCCGGAGGGGUGGAACGCCCCUUUGUGCUCUCCAGGGCCUUCUUCGCUGGCUCUCAGCGCUUUGGAGCUGUCUGGACAGGGGACAACGCAGCAGAGUGGGACCACCUGAAAAUCAGCAUCCCCAUGUGCCUCAGCUUGGCACUGGUGGGGCUUUCUUUCUGUGGGGCCGACAUAGGUGGCUUCUUCAAGAACCCCGAGCCGGAACUGCUGAUGCGCUGGUACCAGAUGGGCGCAUACCAGCCAUUCUAUAGGGCACAUGCACAUAUGGACACGGGCCGGCGAGAGCCCUGGCUACUGCCCCCUGAGUAUGUGGGGCCGAUCCGAGACGCCUUACGCCAGCGCUAUGCUCUGCUCCCUUUUUGGUACACGCUCUUCUACCGCGCUCACCGGGAUGGGCAUCCCAUCAUGAGGCCCUUGUGGGUGCAGUAUCCAAAAGAUGUGGCCACCUUUAGCCAAGAUGAUCAGUUCAUGCUAGGAGAUGCUCUCUUGGCGCAUCCUGUGGCAGAGCCUGGGGCCCGUGGGGUCCAAGUGUACCUGCCUGGCCAGGGGGAGGUGUGGUAUGAUAUUCAGAGCUACCAGAAGCAUCAUGGCCCCCAGACCUUGUACCUCCCGGUCACUCUCAGCAGCAUCCCUGUUUUCCAGCGUGGGGGGACCAUCAUCCCUCGGUGGGAGCGGGUGAGACGUUCCUCAGACUGUAUGAAGGAUGAUCCCAUCACUCUUUAUGUGGCAGUCAGCUCCCAGGGCACAGCUGAAGGAGAGCUCUAUUUAGAUGACGGCCACACUUUCAACUAUCAGACCCAGAACGAGUACCUGUUCAGGAAAUUCACCUUCUCUGGGAACACUCUCACUUCCAGCUCAGCAGACCCACGGGGCCACUUUGAGACCCCAAUCUGGAUCGAGCGGGUGGUGAUCCUGGGGGCAGGGAAGCCUGCUUCUGUGCUGCUCCAGGCGGAGGGCAUGCCGGAAAGUGUCCUGACCUUCCAUCACAAUGCAGAGACCUCGGUGCUCACUGUGCGCAAGCCUGGAGUGCGUGUGGCAUCCGACUGGAGCAUCCAUCUGCGAUAGCCCGAGGGGCAGCCUGGCCCGAGGGGUGGCCCUGCCCGAGGUGGUCCAGAGGAGCCCCUCCCUCUGCCCCAGUCACCUUUCCAACCUCACCAGGGCCCAGAUGCUGCCUGAAGGAUUCUGGCCAUAAGCUGGGCAGGGCCAGGAUGGGGGCCUGGGGGGUGAGGGGGCUCCAGGCUGGGAAUCUCUCCUCCACCCCCUUGACCCCUGUGGGUGGAGACCGCAGGCCCCUCUCUCUUACUCCCUGGAACUCUUCCCCCCAGACCUCCCACUGAUGCCUUGACUUGGGGCAUCUGGAUCCCGCCGUGACCCCCUGACCACUCCUCGUCCCUGUCUUCUGGUUGGGGGAAGGCGUCCAGGUGACUUCCCGUGGGCCUUUGUUUCACACCCCACUGAUACACUGGGACCAUCCCCUCGCCUCGUGGGGACCGAGUGGGGAGAAAGAAGGGUCUGCCCAAGCUACUGCAGGGCCCCUGCCCCGGGCGGAGGAGGAAGCCCCCCGCCCUCUGGGGGGCGCUGCCCCGCUGUGGGCCCCUCCUCCUCCCGGGGCAGCAGAGUGAGGUCGGACGGCGCCGUCUCCUGAUGAAGGCCCGUCUAUUUAUUGCUGGCGGAACGGGGCUGGGGGGGCAAUGGAUCAUGUGUGCCCAGGGUUGGGGGCUCCGAGGUCUGAGGAGUGGGGGAAGGGGCAUCUUGUGGACGUUUUUUACUUCCCCUCAGCCCGAGCUGGGACAGGUUUUGAUAAACGGAAAAACAAUAAAAGAACCGAAACUCUUG